CCCGCACAGACAUGGCGGCCGUCUUCGCUGGGGUGACUUUAAUUCUUGGUUUUCGGUUAUAGCCGGCCGGGGCUCAUUUCUUUUUAGAAAGCUCUGAGCGCGGGGAAAGGGAGGGUGGGUGCGGGAGUGAAAGGUGAGGGGCCUGCAGGCGUCAGGACGCGCUCCUGGAGGGAGGAAGAUGGCUGAGGGCGAGCGGCAGUCGCCGCCAGAUUCUUCGGAGGAUGUCCCUCCAGCCACCCAGAACUUCAUCAUUCCAAAAAAAGAGAUCCACACGGUCCCAGACAUGGGCAAAUGGAAGCGCUCUCAGGCCUAUGCCGACUACAUCGGAUUCAUCCUCACCCUCAACGAAGGCGUGAAGGGGAAGAAGCUGACCCUGGAGUACAAAGUCUCGGAGGCCAUCGAGAAACUGGUCGCCCUUCUCAACACGCUGGACAGGUGGAUUGACGAGACUCCUCCAGUGGACCAGCCGUCUCGCUUCGGGAACAAGGCCUACAGGACCUGGUACGCCAGGCUCGACGAGGAAGCAGAAAACUUGGUGGCCGCAGUGGUCCCCACCCAUCUGGCAGCUGCUGUGCCUGAGGUGGCUGUUUACCUAAAGGAGUCAGUGGGGAACUCGACACGCAUCGACUACGGCACAGGACACGAAGCAGCCUUCGCUGCCUUCCUCUGCUGUCUCUGCAAGAUCGGGGUGCUCCGGGUGGACGACCAGAUAGCUAUUGUCUUCAAGGUGUUCAAUCGGUACCUUGAGGUGAUGCGGAAACUUCAGAAGACAUACAGGAUGGAGCCCGCAGGCAGCCAGGGAGUGUGGGGCCUGGACGACUUCCAGUUUCUGCCCUUCAUCUGGGGCAGCUCGCAGCUCAUAGACCACCCGUGUCUGGAGCCCAGGCACUUCGUGGACGAGAAGGCCGUGAACGAGAACCACAAGGACUACAUGUUCCUGGAGUGCAUCCUGUUCAUCACGGAGAUGAAGACGGGCCCCUUUGCAGAGCACUCCAACCAGCUGUGGAACAUCAGUGCGGUCCCCACCUGGUCCAAAGUGAACCAGGGUCUCAUCCGCAUGUACAAGGCCGAGUGCCUGGAGAAGUUCCCCGUGAUCCAGCACUUCAAGUUCGGGAGCCUGCUGCCCAUCCAGCCCGUCUCCCUGUGCUAGGGGGGCCGAGCGGCCCGUGCCACCCCGGCCGCAGCUCCUGUGCCUGCCCUUCCUGACCCCCGUCGUGGCCCCCCCUGCCCCCUCCCUCUGUUCUUUCUGUUCGAUGAGAGGCUGUUUACUGGGGCGGGUGGUGAGUGCGGGGUCACGAGAGGCUCAGGGCACACGGCCGAAGGACCCGAGGGGGGAGAAGUGACCAAAGUGCGGCCGGUUGGCUGACUUCUGCCGUGGUGGGCGGUGGAGAAGAGAGGGGCCGGGACAGGGUCCUCGGGCCCUGCCCCGCUCCUGGCCCUCCUCCCCUCCCUCUGGCCAGUCCCGUCCUGAGGCCCGGGCUGCCUUGCACCACUGUGGGGAGGGGAGGUGCUUGGCCGAUUCUGUUGCUUUCUUGGGGGUGGGUCAGUGGACGGGUGGGUCAGUUUCCCAGCCGCGUCUGGGUGGGUGUCUGGGGGCGGAGGGCUGAAGGCUGAGGGGGGGCCAGCCUGGGGUGGGGCAGGCUGGGAGAGGCGCUGGCUGUCCAGUGACCCUCCCAGCUCCUCCUCACGGCUGCCCCUGGGCCUCGGAGCGCUGUGUCCAGUGCCUCCUCCUCCUGGCUGUUCUGUUCUCUGGGCCUUGGCUUCUCGGGUCUUCUGCCACGGCCACACCUGUCCCCACCCCAGAGUAGCCUCUGGAAGCUGCCCUUCCAAAGCUGUCUCUGGCCAGGAGCAGGUGGCAGAGCCUGGACAGGCCUCGGGGCCUGUUGUGGUUCCCCAACCACAGCCUGGGUUCCCCUCGGUACACUCUCGUGGCCACCUCUGUCUCCUCACUGCUGCUUUCCCAAGGCUCUGAGCCCCGCGUCCCCGCCUGCCCAGGCACCGGGUCCAGAAAGCCCACC